AUGGCUUCUGCGACCACGUUCUUCGAUUUCACUCCCAAAGAUAAGCGCGAUCAAGAAUAUCCCCUAUCCCAGCACAAAGGCAAAGUCGUCUUGGCCGUCAACACUGCGUCGAAAUGUGGCUUCACUCCUCAAUUCGCCGGGCUGGAGCAGCUGUGGAAGAAGAUGUCGGAGAAAUACCCAGAUCAGUUUGUCAUCAUUGGAUUCCCCUGCAACCAAUUCGGCGGACAGGAUCCAGGUUCAAAUGACCAGAUUCAAGAGUUUUGCCAAGUAAAUUAUGGUGUGACAUUUCCAGUGCUGGGCAAGACCAAUGUGAACGGUGACAAAGCGGAACCGGUGUUUGAAUGGAUGAAGGCCGAGAAGCCAGGCUUGCUGGGACUGAAGAGGAUCAAGUGGAAUUUCGAGAAGUUCUUGAUCGAUCGCGAUGGAAAGGUUGUCCACCGGUGGGGAAGCGUGACCAAGCCGGAGAGCAUUGAGAAGGAUAUUAUUCGUGAGAUUGAAAAGUCGAAAGCUAGCUAG